AUGAUCAAUAUCGCUUGUUUGUUGGCUGUUAGAUGUCUUAGGACAAGGGUUGUAGGGAGGAAUGGCGAUGCUAUUGCUGAGGCAUUGGCGAUGUUUGUUGGUGCUAUUGGGAAAGUGUCGCAGGCAAAUGCUGGUAAUAGAGAGGAGAAUGAGUUUCGUGCUUUGGGAUACUUCCAAAGGAAAAAUCCGCCAAUCUUUGAAGGAGAGCAUGAACCUGAUAAGGCACAAGCAUGGUUGAAAGCGGUCAAGAAGAUCUUUCGAGUCAUGAAUUGUAUCGAUGUGCAGAAGGUGCGGUUUGACACUCACAUGCUAGAGAAGGAAGCUGAGGAUUGGUGGGGUAAUACAGCGCAAAGAUUCGAUGAGGAAGGCAUGGAAGUUACUUGGGCUCUUUUCCAUGACGCAUAUUUGGAAAACUAUUUUCCAUAA